UAUUUAAAUAAAUUUCUUUGACUGGUCUUUUUCAGUAUUAGGCCGGCGGCCUCUGUUCCUGUGACGAUGACGUACAGCAGCUUGUCCCGGUGAUUUAUAAAAUAUAUCACAUAUAGAAAUAUAUGACUUUAAAUUUUACGGUCAUUUUUCACCAAUGUAAACUUUAAAGGGUACGUUUCUAACUGCGCAGUACGCAGAGGUGGGCGGGUACUACAACUACAACUGGCAGCACCGCCCACCUCUGUCGUUUAGGCGUUUAAAACAAGCGUCCCCGCGGACAGAGCCCGUUGCUAUGGUGACACUCCGGUAAACUCGGCAGCAGUCCCGGUGAUCACCUGGGCCUUCAUCCAGACGGUUGUUGUCAUGGCAGCAGGGGCAGUGUCAGCUCCGCUCAUCAUUCCCAUCAUCCACCUGCAGACUCAUCGAGCCAAGAACCACAUUGACACGAGCACACCUGUGUCCAUCCAGUCAGAUUCUGCAGGUGUUCUGAUCUUUUACACUCUGGAUGGUUCAAAGCCGGGGGCGGGGCAUCAUGGAGCAGCAGGCAGCAGCAGGAAGUACAGCCAGCCCAUCCUGCUGCCUGCAGGCCGGGUGACAGUCCGAGCGGUGGCUGUCACCAGUGACGGCAGAGAGAGCUCCAUAGUGACCAAGGUUUUCUCUGUGGAUCCUCUGGACGACUUCCUGCAGCCACCGCCUGAAGGAACAUCCUUUCUUGCUGAGACCUCAGAGCCAAAGAUGAUGGGAAAUCACUCCCUUCAGUCAGGCCCUCGUUUUCUGAACGGUCGUCAUGGCUCUGAGAUUGACGCCGAGCUCGCCUCAUCUCAGCGCUCCCAACCUGCGGUUUUUAGGGAGUCAGGUGACCUGAGGCAGCUGAAGAGCACGGAGACGACACGAGUGCAGCGAGACACCGACUUCCUGUGGUGUGCUCGCUGUCUGCAUCGCCGCCCCUCCGACCCGCUCGCUCAGUUCUGCGCUCAGUGUGGAGCGGCGCUUCCUCUGCUGCCCGGUCACAGGCUGCUACCUGCUGAGGGAGGACAGAUGUUGCUGUGUGUGUUCUGUGGGGCUCUAGUCCCCGCCAGCACACACAGCUGUUUGGUGUGUGAAGCUGCCAUCGAUCAACAGCUGCAGCCACGGGCAGGCAUCACUCUGCAGGGUCAUGUGAUGUGUGUCUGCUGUGGAAGUGGGAAUCCGGCCGACGCCUUCAGCUGUCUGACCUGCGAGAGCCGCUUGCAGCAGGUGGGCGGAGCCAGGAGCGCUGUGCCCUCUGACCCAGGAGCGCACACCAGAAUGUUGUCCUGCACCAGAUGUAAACGUUUAAACCGGAGCGACGCGAGAUUCUGCGACUGGUGCGGCUCCAAGCCCGCCCACGCUGCCCGCUGUGUGACGUGUCAGCGUUGUGGAGCAAGUGCACACCCGUACGCUUCCUACUGCACCGCCUGCGGCAUCUUCCUGGAAGCACCAGUCCCACUCGGAUCCUGCGGUGACAUCACACGAUCGGUCAAGGGCGCCGCCAACCGCCAGGUGGGAGUGCAGACUGCCUGUGGUGCCACCUGGCGGGCCACUGCCUCUUUGCACCCUCCGCGAAGUGUGAAAAUUGCCACACCCACUGUGGAUCAGUGCACACAGACUGUAGGACUCUAUUACCCAUCAGGCACUGAGCUGCAGAGGAAGGAGCAGCACAGAGCGCUACAGCUCCUCAGGAAGCAGGUGCAGAGCGACCGCCACCCACCGCUCACCGCCAUCAGCCCGGGACGAGGUUACUGGAGGAAGCAGCUGGAUCACAUAUGCGCUCACCUGAGGAGCUAUGCCCAGAACAACGCCCCCUUCAGGGCGCUGCUGGGAGAGCCUCGUCUGGGCCGGAUGGUCUCUGCGGUGAUUCAGGAGGAUCGCCGUGAGGUCAGUCUGACCGUCAGCUUUGCAGCAGCCGAGCUUCAAGAAAAACAGGUGGGUGCUGACGAUGACAUGGGAUCUCCAGGUGGAGGAUUUGAGCUCGCCAGCUGGACCAAGACUCUGAGCAGCGUUGCAGAGCAAACAGGGUGGACAGGAAGUGAUCAGCUCUCGGCUCCACCCUCCAAACCUUACCUGACGCCCAAACCGCUGGUGAAGGACGUUCAGCUGCUGACGGAGCUGGGUCCGGGUCGAGGUGAGGUCGGCGUCAUCCAGCAGCUCCUGGACCAGGGGGCGGACCCUUCCUGCUGCCGGAGCGAUGGCCUACACGCCUUGGCUGUUGCCGUGGUAAAUGGUCACCAUGACGUCCUACCUGUUUUGGUGCAGCGAGGCGCCGACGUCGACCAACAGUCUGGACGGAUGAAGAACACUGCUCUGCAUGAAGCUGCAGCACUGGGGUCUGCAGGUGUGCCGUGUGCUGAGGUCCUGCUCAGCUGUAAGGCCAACGUGAGGUGGAGGAACGCUGCGGGUCAGACGGCGUAUGAUGUGGCGGCGAGCUUGGGCUGCAGCAGCAUGGCGUCUCUGCUGGCGUCUCAGACUGGACUGGGCAAACUGGGAAUCAUGAACUCAAGAUGAAGCUGAUUUUUUUUUCUGAUUGGUCUGAACGUGAAGUGAUGUGUACAGCUCAGAAAGUGACAUCACUUCCUGUCAGCGCAGACAUGCAGAUUACAGAUUUUGGACCCUUUCAGUGCGGUUUCCACUGAGACCGGAUCUCUGGGAUCUGUUGGUGGGUUCUGAUGCAGGAAUUGUUCUGUGAUCGUUUUGCUUUGUCUCAGCGCAUCCUUCGAUAGCAUUGACCAUAAAAAUGCUAACAAGCUAACAGGUUUUGGCGCAUAUAUCUGGCUCCGGCUUACCUGGUUUUCUUCCUACUUAUCAGACAGGAGCUUUACUGUUAGGACUGACAGGUUCACCUCUAACGUCGCCCCCCAACCUGUGGGGUUCCACAGGGUUCAGUUUUGGGUCCAUUAUUAUUUUCAUGCUUCCAUUAGCUGCAUUAUUCAGUCAUUUCUUAUCAUUUCUAUGCCGAUGACAUUCAGCUGCAUGUGUCAGCCUACUCAGCUGGAGUUGCUGUCCACCCUAGUCCAGUGCUUAACUCAGGUUUCUGAUUGGCUUUCUAACAACUACCUUGUUUUAAACACAAACCAGACCGAGACAACGAUCGUAACUCAUCCUGGACUACAAUCUGAAGUCAGUCAGGUUCUUGCUUCUUUCUGUUAAGUCAAAUAUCUGAUUCGUCUCUGGGCCUCGACUCUGUAAAAUCUCUGUCUUGUUCCUGUUUCUUUCAUUUAAGGAACAUUUCUAAACGGCGACAUAUGGUCUCCUCAGCUGAUCUGGAAAAGUGUUCAUGCAUUUGUGUCGUUGUUUAGAUUAUUGUC